AUGGAAAGUGAUGGAGAACGAGAUCGGCCAGGGAAUUCUGUCGCCGGGCUAUCUAACUUGCAAAUGAGAGCAUUGAAUGACACUAUUACUAACCUUACGAAUACAGGUCUAGAAAAACUACACCAGAGGCUCGACGAGAUUCAGAACAGUCAACAAACCCGUUCUAGACCAGCAGCCAGGAGAGAACGUUCAAGGAGGACUUACCAGCCCGAAGAGGAAAUUGAAGAAGAGGAGAGAAGGACAGGUGGAAGACCAAUAGCUUCAUGGGAUGAGCUCACUAUCUUGAUGAGGAAACGUUUUGAGGAAACCAUGGAAAGUGAUGGAGAACGAGAUCGGCCAGGGAAUUCUGUCGCCGGGCUAUCUAACUUGCAAAUGAGAGCAUUGAAUGACACUAUUACUAACCUUACGAAUACAGGUCUAGAAAAACUACACCAGAGGCUCGACGAGAUUCAGAACAGUCAACAAACCCGUUCUAGACCAGCAGCCAGGAGAGAACGUUCAAGGAGGACUUACCAGCCCGAAGAGGAAAUUGAAGAAGAGGAGAGAAGGACAGGUGGAAGACCAAUAGCUUCAUGGGAUGAGCUCACUAUCUUGAUGAGGAAACGGUUUGUGCCGGCUCAUUACCACAGAGAUCUCCACCAAAAAAUCAGACGCUUGCUUCAAGGAACCAAAUAUGUGGAGGACUAUUUCCAGGAAAUGGAAAGCUUAAUGAUCAAGGCGGACGUAGAUGAAACCUUAGAAGCUACCAUGGCCAGAUUCCUUGACGGCCUCAAUCGAGACAUUCAGGACAGAAUGGAGCUUCAAGAAUAUGAAAGCUUGGAGGGAAUGUUGCACAAGGCGAUUCUAAUCGAACAACAAACCAAGAGGAAGGGUUUCUCUAAACCUUCUUUUGCUCCAAAACCAAGUUAUCAAGAUAAAGGUAAGUCUUCAACCCCAUCAAAUUCAGUUUUUAAGACUAAUGCUCCUACUCGUCUUAAGAUAGGAAAGGCAUUCGAGACCAACAAUCGGGCAAGGGAUAUUCGGUGUUUCAAAUGUCAAGGACUUGGACAUUAUGCCAACAAAUGUCCGAAUCAAAAGGUAAUGAUCCUCCUAGACAACGGUGAAGUGGAGUCCGAGGACGAUAAAGAAAAAGAGGAAGAUCUGGGACCAAUCUUUGACGAAGAGGAAGAGCAAUUUGAAUAUCCAACUCAAGGGACACUUCUGGUCACUAGGAGAUCAUUGAGCGUUCAACCUAAGUCCAAUCACCGAGAACAAAGGGAGAAUCUCUUUCACUCUAGAUGUUUAGUUAAAGAUAAAGUUUGUUCUUUGAUCAUUGACGGUGGAAGCUGUACUAACGUUGCUAGUGAAACUCUUGUUAGGAAGCUUGGACUUGAGACAAGACCUCAUCCGCGACCUUUUAAACUGGAAUGGUUGAAUGAAAUGGGCGAACAAUAUGUCAGAGAGCAAGUCACGGUUCCUCUUACCAUCGGCCGAUAUGAAGAUGAGAUCAUGUGCAAUGUCCUUCCCAUGGAUGCAAGCCAUAUUCUUCUAGGACGACCUUGGCAGUUUGACAUGAGGGUGAUACAUGAUGGCUACACAAACCGGCAUUCCUUUGAGCAUAAAGGAAAGAAGAUCAUUCUGGUUCCUUUAACUCCGUUGGAGAUCCAUCAAGACCAGGUCCGGUUGAAAGAAAGCCGAGACAAAGAAAUUAAACCAGCAAAACCUGAGGUAUCUCCUAAGAACUUUAACUUCUUUGUCAAAGAGAGUCAAGUAAGGAAAUCUGUGUACUCUCAACAGCCAUUGCUUUUGCUUGUGUAUAAAGAAACACUAAUAGCAUUUUCUGACCUUGCACCGGAGCUCCCGAGUUAUUUGAUAGAUGUUUUGCAGGAAUUCUCAGAUAUCUUUCCAGAAGAAAACCCUAACGGUUUGCCGCCAAUAAGAGGUAUAGAACACCAAAUUGAUUUCGUCCCAGGUGUGUCACUUCCAAACCGGCCGGCUUAUCGAACUAAUCCGUUGGAAACAAAGGAAAUUCAAAUGCAGAUUGGAGAACUUCUUGAAAAAAGUUACAUCAGGGAGAGCCUAAGCCCAUGGGUUGUACAUGUUCUCCUUGUGCCUAAGAAGGAUGGCUCUUGGCGCAUGUGUGUAGACUGCCGUGCCAUCAACAAUAUUACGGUAAACAAGAACCGUGAGGAACAUAAGCUGCAUUUGAAAUCUGUCCUAGACGUCCUUAGGAAAGAAAGUGGAUAUCACCAAAUUCGCAUGAAAGAAGGUGAUGAAUGGAAAACUGCAUUCAAAACUAAGCUAGGAAUGUAUGAGUGGCUUGUCAUGCCUUUUGGCCUUACUAAUGCACCUAGUACAUUCAUGCGUUUGAUGAAUCAUAUCUUGCGAUCUUUUAUUGGUCAUUUUGUUGUUGUCUAUUUUGAUGACAUUCUUAUCUAUAGCAAGAACCGUGAGGAACAUAAGCUGCAUUUGAAAUCUGUCAUAGACGUCCUUAGGAAAGAAAGGUUAUUUGGAAAUCUUGAGAAGUGCUCUUUUGGAACAGAUCACGUGGUUUUCUUAGGUUUUAUUGUAGGUGCUGAUGGACUCAGGGUGGAUGAAGAAAAGAUCAAGGCCAUCCGUGAUUGGCCUAGCCCCAAAACUGUUGGAGAGGUAAGGAGCUUUCAUGGGCUAGCUGGGUUCUACCGGAGGUUUGUUCAGAACUUCAGCACAAUAGCAGCUCCACUCACAGAGGUAAUCAAGAAGAAUGUUGGUUUCAAGUGGGAACAAGCUCAGGAGGAGGCGUUUCAGAUACUUAAAGGGAAGUUAACUCAAGCGCCUUUACUUACACUUUCGGAUUUCUCCAAAACUUUUGAGAUAGAAUGUGAUGCCUCAGGAGUGGGUAUUGGUGUUGUGUUGAUGCAGGAAAAGAAACCCAUUGCCUACUUCAGUGAGAAAUUGGGAGGAGCUACACUCAAUUACCCCACUUAUGACCAAGAGCUAUACGCUUUGGUUAGGGCACUCCAAACAUGGCAACAUUAUCUUUGGCCAAAGGAGUUUGUAAUUCAUACAGAUCACCAAUCCUUGAAGCACCUCAAAGGCCAGCAAAAGUUGAACAAAAGGCACGCUCGUUGGGUUGAAUUCAUUGAGACAUUUCCCUACGUCAUAAAAUACAAACAAGGUAAGGAAAAUGUGGUGGCUGAUGCCUUGUCUAAAAGGUAUGUUCUUCUUUCAGCUCUUGAGACUAAGUUGAUUGGUUUUGAGUUCAUGAAGCAAUUGUAUACAACUGACCAGAAUUUUAAAGAGAUUUAUAGAAAAUGCUCUAAAGUCGCUUACGGAAAAUAUUAUCAGNUUAAGCUAUUUCUGGUAAACUUUGUGGUCUAA